CGGUCUUACCAUAAAGGGUUCCACUUUUAUCACACUUCCACACAAACUCAUUCUUUUCUCCCUUUUCAUUGGUUACUUUCUUCCUCACCAGCCAAACAAACAAUCCAAUCCCACGUUUCUUUCUUUCUUUCUUUACUAUUCCAAUUACCAACGCCUUUCCCCUCAAAAAGGAAACUAAAAUCCACAAAGUACACUUCUUUGAUUUCUUCUUCCUUCCCCCAACAAACCCUCACCACAACUAAUAAACCACCCAUUUGUUCACCAGUUUCUUACCUUCUUCUUCUAUCUGCAGGAUCUCAAAGAGGAACUAACAAUCAAUUUCAGACACCACAAUUUCCUAAACAAAACCAAAAUCAGCUAAAUACCUGCACAAAACAAACCCACUUUCCUUUGCUUUGCUUUUUCUAUUAACAAAAAUAGUCAACUACCUUUCGUUUCCUUCACUUGCUUUUGUCUCAUCUCUUUUUAGGAUAAAUUAAGGUAAAGGGAGAUUUAUAAUAUGGCGAGGGAGAAGAUUCAGAUAAAGAAGAUCGAGAACGCAACGGCGAGGCAAGUGACGUUUUCGAAGAGAAGAAGAGGUUUGUUCAAGAAGGCUGAAGAGCUUUCAGUUCUGUGUGAUGCUGAUGUUGCUCUCAUCAUUUUUUCUUCUACUGGGAAGCUUUUUGAAUACUCCAACUUAAGCAUGAGGGAAAUACUUGAAAGGCAUCAUUUGCACUCAAAGAAUUUGUCAAAGAUGGAAGAACCCUCUCUCGAGCUGCAGCUAGUUGAAAACAGCAACUGUACGAGAUUGAACAAGGAAAUUGCUGAGAAGAGUCAUCAAUUAAGGCAGAUGAGAGGAGAGGAUCUUCAAGGUAUGAAUGUUGAACAAUUGCAACAAUUGGAGAGGUCUCUUGAAAUUGGCUUGGGACGUAUAAUAGAAAACAAGGGAGAGAAGAUUAUGAUGGAGAUAAAUGAUCUCCAAAGAAAGGGAAGACAACUGAUGGAAGAGAAUGAUCGACUAAAGCGACAUUAUAUUUUGGCACCUAAGGUGGCGGGCAUGAUGAAUAACGGCAAAAUGGUUGGAGGAGUUGAAUAUGAGAAUGUGGUUAUUGAAGAAGGUCAAUCCUCAGAAUCUGUCACUAACGUUUACAACUCCACUGGUCCUCCACAAGACUAUGAGAGUUCAGACACAUCUCUUAAAUUAGGGCUUCCAUAUGCCGGAUGAAGGUGUGUUUGUGCCAAGGGAUUAUUAACCUUAUGAUUAAUUAAUUAAUUAACAAGUGUUGUUAUUGGAUAAAUUUCUUAAAUGUUAUGGCUUUAAUCUUUUGCCAUAUAGUAAAUAAAUAUGUAUAUGUAUGUUUUCUAGAUGAUCUCAUUCGGAAGUUAUUUAAAAGUAAUUUCUAGUUUGUGUUUAACUCGUAUUUAGUUUAACCAGAACGAUUCAUGAGGUCAGUCAUUUAAGUGAUUAUGACAUGAGUUCGAUAUAUUCACCACCAAUAUCGAAUAUGUUGGUGGGUGCUUUGUGAAGCAUUUGCAUUGUGAUGGAUGUGUAAUAAUUGUUGAAUGUUGCGAGUAUAGUGACUUUGCAAGAAAUGUUUGCAUCAUAUAGUAUUUUGAAGAAAUGGAAUGAAAGUAAUUCGUUAGCUUAGUUAGUAAUUAAGGGUCAGCUAACCAUACCCACAACCUAGGGCCUAACAAAAUUGAGGUCUCAAAAUAACUAGUUCUUGGGUUUUAUAAUUUAAAAAUUAAAGUUUGUAUAUAUAAUAUAUAGGGAUUUUUUUUAAUACAUCAUGUGUUUUUUUAGCGCACCGUAUGAAAAUAUGUAUAUGUCUUUAGAUUUCAGAGAUACAGCUCCAGGACGAACUAAAAUGUAAU